UAAUUAGAUUUGCAUGAUAAUACACUACAUUUAUAAAAAUGUACUUUUAUAAUUCUUUACUUUUAAUUAGUAACAUUCUUACGUUAACAGUACACACACAGUCUCAAGAUUCAAACGGAAUUGGAAUAUCGGCAUGUGGUUUUUUUGGUGCUCGCGCUCAAAUUUGUGGUUUAUCGGAUGUUCCAAUUACAAGUAUACCAGCGGAUUGCCUGUCGAUAUUAAUCGAUGAGGUUUCAGUGGAUUUAAGAUACCAUGUUUCUAUACCCUGCGCGUGUAAUCCGAAUAAUAGACCAUUAGUGAAUUUAGACAAAAUAUUGAAGAUGAAAGGUACUAAGCGUGUAUUUAUAUGCUACGGUCAUGCGAAUAUAGAAGAAUGGAGUGCAAUGCUUGCUUGUGAAUCUUGUAACGGAGGAACUAACUCGUUAGAUGAAAUGAAAGGCUUAAAAGCUUUUUUUAACGAACAUCCGGGGAUCGAUGGUCUUAUUCUUACAGGUUUAGAGUAUGACGAAGAUUCUUUUGAAUUUCCGGGAUAUUCUGAAAAUUUAAAAACAUAUCUCGAGGUGAUGAAAAAAAGUUUUCCUGAUUUGAUUGUUGGUCUUGAUUUAUCAGGACGAUUUCUAAUAGAUCAGUUUACCAACCCGAAGAUACCUUGGUUGGAUAUAACUGUAAUAGAUUCAGUUACGGAUUUUUAUGUUGUUUCUGUUGUAUUCUUAAACGACUGCACCAGCAAGGACUUCAGAAAUGGAAUAGCUCCAAUGACUGCAUCAUAUACAAAUUAUACGUUGGAUAAAUUAAAAGAUGUUUUAAAGCAGGCAUCUAUUCCGAAAGAAAAAAUACAUUUUAAAUUUAAACUUAACCCAUUAUGUAAUCCCAAUGAUUCAUAUAUGUUUUGCGAUUUAACCAUGGAGAAGAUUUGUUUGCAACCACAAGAAACGAGUUCUUGGUGUGUAGAUACUUUAUCGUCAUUUAACGAAAAGGGUAAUUAUGCCAAUAAAUACGGAGCAGGGUUUAUAGGUUCUUCUUUAGAUUUUAAUGAUCCCGAUAACUGCUGUAAUUGUGAAAAACCAUUCAUCGGGUUCAAUGCUAUUUUAGAUGGAUUUAAUGGUGUCACCACCAAACCUUGUGGUUCAUUCAACAGAAAUUAGUGAUUACAGCAUUAACAAGAUUUGGUCUAUAUUCACAGUUCAAUAAUGUUUUUAAAUUUUUACCUUGUUUCUAGAAACUUGCAUGGUCAUAAAUAAUUGUAACU